AUCGUUUGAGCUAAGAGAAAAGAGUACUUUGCUGUGGCGUAAAUUAUGCUGCGUGUGCACACGCUCUGCGCUGUUCUUAAAGCAAAGUUUUCUUUUCUCUUUUCCCCCUCCCCCCUCUCUCGGGUGCUCGUUGCUGCCUGCUGUCUUGCACGAUUUGCAGGUACCGCACACAGUGGAAACGACAGCCGGAUAUAGUAUAAACUAAUGGGAGCGGGGGCGGCAGGUGAUAUACAAGUAAGCGCUUUCAGAUUGAACUCCUCUGAAUGAAGAACUUAGUAAUGAUGCUUCUAAUGCCCACCAUGCUACUAGUCACCAACCUGGCUGCUGGUUUCGCCGCUUUUGACCAGGAGUUUAUAGAAGAGCAGUGGGAGUCAUUCACGUCAACGCAUGGAAAAUUGUACCAAUCAAAAGAAGAGGAACAGAAAAGGCUCCUUAUUUUUGCAAGCAACCUUGAGUUGAUCAAAGAGCAUAACCAGAGAUACGACGAAGGAAAUGUCAGCUUUAAGCUGGCUAUGAAUCGUUUCGGAGAUAUGCUGAGUUCCGAGCUCGCCCAAGUGGUAACGUUCACGCCUGAAAGAAGAUCCAACUUAGAAGUGUUGGCUUGUCCAGAAGAACCGAUCCAUCUUAAUGCCAGUGAAUUGCCUGAUGAAGUGGACUGGCGAAAAGAGGGCGCUGUGACGCCAGUGCCCGACCAGGGAUCGUGUUUUUCUUCUUAUGCAUUCAGUGCGACCGGAGCAGUGGAAAGCCAUCAUUUCAUCAAGACGGGUCAACUGGUGGACCUAAGCGAACAAAACCUCAUUGACUGCUCUCAAGAUUUCGGCAACCUAGGUUGCGAAGGAGGGCGAGCAGACCAGGCUUUUGAAUACAUCAUACAAAACAAGGGCAUUGACCUGGAAGAACUCUACCCUUAUGCUUCAAAGACCAUGCCGUGUGCAUUCGACAAGGGAGCAGUAGGUGCGACGAUAUCCGGAUUUCGAACAGUUCCUCAAAGUUCUGAGGAGCAACUCCAGGCGGUUGUAGCCACUGUUGGCCCAGUUGCAGUUGCGGUUGAUGCCACGCACGAUGACUUCUUCCAGUAUGACCAAGGCAUCUAUACUAAUCCAUUCUGCAGUACAUCUGACGUCAACUAUGGCCUUUUAAUAGUUGGAUACGGCACUGUCAAUGGCAUAGAUUACUGGAUCUGUAAGAACAGCAUGGGACCGGACUGGGGCGAGCACGGUUACAUAAGGAUGGCGAGAAACAAAGGAAACCAGUGCGGCAUCGCUACCUUGGCCACCUAUCCGGAAGUCUAGUCGACAUAAAGCAAGAUUUAGAACAUGUUCUUGCUGCGGUAAUUUGUCGCUUUUAGCACAGAAGGUAAAUAUAGACCAUGUUAUCUGUUAAUCGAAAAUUGAGCGCUCAACUCUUACCUGUGACAGUUCGCGAGAAUAAACCAUAUUGCAUACUA